AUGGGAGCCAACCAUCUUGAAGACGGGCUUGAGAAGGGUGAGAAUGAGGAGCUAUCAUGGACCCGAGAGGAGGAGCGUACAGCUGUCCGCAAGUUGGACUGGUGCUUGAUCCCACUGCUCGGAUUCCUCUACCUCGUCUCCUACAUCGAUCGCGGCAACAUCGGUAAUGCGUAUACGGCCGGAAUGGGAGAGGCUUGGGGAAUCACUUCCGGCGAAUACUCGUGGAUCGUGACAAGUUACUAUAUCGGCUACAUUCUCUUUCACUGGCUCAUCCUUCUCUGGAAGUUUGUCCCUCUCCGUCUGUGGACUGCCAUGAUGGCCUUUGGAUGGGGAAGCAUGAGCAUGAUCCAGGCCGGCACCAGCACCUUUGCCGGCAUGAUGGCUCUUCGUUUCCUCAUUGGAGCAUUCGAGGCUGGAUUUGUACCCGCCGUGGCGCUUUACAUGACCUUUUUCUACCACCGAUCCGAAAUGGGCCUCCGAUAUGGCUUGUUCAUUUCAUUCUCGCCCCUAGCGAACUGCUUCGCCUCAGCCCUGGCAUACGGUAUUGUUCACGCUAGAAGCGCCAUUGAGAAUUGGCAGUUGCUCUUUAUCGUCGAAGGCAUCCCUACUCUCUUUCUCGCUAUCCUAGCCUACUUUUAUCUUCCGGCUUCUCCAAGCACCUGCAGAUUCCUCGAUGCUCGACAGAACCAGAUCAUCGGUGCUCGAGCUAUCAAAGGUCGUGGUCAGGACCAACAGGGAAAACUCAACCUCCGACAAGUCUUUGCAGCAUUUUACGACUACAAGAACUACUUGCAAGCCGCCAUAAUCUUCUGCCUAAACACAGCCUUUGGCUCGCUACCGGCCUACCUACCCACCAUCCUGACGUCCAUGGGGUACACCUCCCUUCGCGCCCAGGGACUCUCGGCUUGCCCAUAUCUCUCUGCCUACUUUGUCUGCGUCUUGGCUAGCUUCUUCUCUGACCGUGUGCGAACACGCGGUAUCUUUGUCAUCAUUUUCUCUACGAUUGGCGCCGUUGGUUACAUCCUUCUCGCCACGAUUCACACUACUGGGAUUCGCUACUUUGCAACGUUCCUUGUUUGCGCUGGUGUAUUUCCAGCUGUCGCCCUGACCUUCACCUGGGUUACUGACAACCAAGGAUCUUCAUCCAAGCGAGGAGCUGGCUUGACCAUCUUUGGAAUGGUCGGCCAGUGCGGACCUAUCCUUGGAGCAAGGAUCUUUCCCAAGUCACAGGGUCCAUAUUAUGAGAAGGGCAUGUGGAUCUGCUGUGGUGUUUUGCUUUUUGCCUCUUUCGUUGCCAUCACUCUGAGCCUGAGCCUGCGCUGGCAGAAUCGCCAGCGAGACGAAAAGCAUGGCAAGAGCGAUAUUGACCACAUCCCCGAGGACAUUGCGGAUAUUGGUGAUGCCCAUCCUAUGUAUCGCUACGUUCUUUAA